ACUAUCUUUUAUCUAAUGUUUUCCAUUUUCUUUGGCGCCAGUCGAUAGAGGAAUAAAACCAUCAGCAGCAAUCCUUAAAACAUAUACCCAAUUCCUUAAACUUGUUAAAAUUUGAUGCUCAAUCCAAUACUCAAAAACCAAACAACAAUCCCAUGUUUCUUAACCAAAUUUCUCUUCAUGGUUCCUCCACUUACUUCUUCUUUAAUCACUUUCCUUUCCUUAAACUCAAACCCCACCAAAUCACUCUCAAACACACCCAGAAGAACUUGCAAAAGUAUUUUAAUAGGAACUGGAGCAGAUUGAGAUUAGAUUGUUUUCAUACUAAUGCGGUUUCUCAUUCAUUUGAUGAGCUUUCUAUUGAAGGAAAUGAAGGGAAUUCCAAGGAAGUUGCUUUCUUGCAUUGGAUGGAAAAUAGAGGGAUUAAAGCCAAUCAUCAAACUUUUCUUUGGCUUUUAGAAGGUUGUUUGAAUUCUGGGUCUAUAGAGGAAGGAAAGAAGCUUCAUGGGAAGAUUUUGAAGAUGGGCUUCAGUAAUGAACACUUUUUAUCUGAGAAGCUCAUGGAUAUUUAUAUUGCUUUAGGUGAUUUAGAUGGUGCAAUCAAGGUUUUCGAUGAUAUGCCAAAAAGAAAUGUUUUUUCUUGGAAUAAAAUGAUUUCUGGAUUUGCUUCAAAGAAAAUGAAUGAUAAAGUACUGGGGUUUUAUUCAAGGAUGGUAGCUGAAAAUGUGAAUCCUAAUGAGAGUACCUUUGCCAGCAUUUUAAAGGCAUGUACAGGUAGCAAUGUUUGGUUUCAGUAUGUUGAACAAAUUCAUGCUAGGAUUAUUCGUGAUGGUUUUAGUUUUAGCUCCUUUGUUUGUAACCCAUUGAUUGAUUUGUACAUGAAAAAUGGAUUUAUAGAUUCAGCGAAGAAGUUAUUUGAUAAACUAUAUGUGAAGGAUACUGUUUCUUGGUUGGCUAUGAUCUCGGGCUUGUCUCAAAAUGGAUAUGAGGAGCAAGCUAUUUUGUUGUUUUCUGAGAUGCAUAUAGCAGGAAUUUUACCUACACCGUAUGUCUUUUCUAGUGUUUUAAGUGCUUGCACGAAAAUAGAGUUCUUUAAGUUGGGAGAGCAGCUCCAUAGCCUUGUUUUCAAACUGGGAUUUUCUUCUGAGACUUAUGUCUGCAAUGCUUUAGUUACUUUAUAUUCACGCUCUGGGAAUUUGGUAUCUGCCGAACUAAUUUUCAUUAAUACAUUGCUACGGGAUGGUGUUACUUAUAACUCACUGAUCUCUGGGUUAGCACAGUGUGGAUAUAGUGAUAGAGCUCUAGAAUUGUUUGAGAAAAUGCAGCAUGAUUGCUUGAAACCGGACUGUGUUACAGUUGCCAGUCUUUUGGGUGCCUGUGCAUCUCUUGGAGCUUCAUUUACAGGUAAGCAACUUCAUUCAUAUGCCAUAAAAGCUGGGUUUUCUACGGACUUAAUUGUUGAAGGGUCUCUGCUUGAUCUUUAUGUUAAAUGCUCUGAUAUAGAUACUGCAUAUGAGUUCUUUAGUACAACGGAGACUGUAAAUGUAGUUUUGUGGAAUGUGAUGCUGGUUGCAUAUGGGCAGUUAGAUAACCUUAGUGAGUCUUUUCAUAUAUUUAGACAGAUGCAGAUUGAGGGAUUGGUGCCUAACCAAUUUACCUAUCCAAGUAUUUUAAGAACUUGCACCUCCGUCGGAGCAUUCGACUUAGGAGAGCAGAUUCAUUCUCAAGUUAUUAAAACUGGUUUCCAGUAUGAUGUUUAUGUCUGUAGUGUAUUAAUUGACAUGUAUGCUAAGCUUGGAAAGUUAGAAACUGCCUUAGAAAUUCUCAGAAGACUUCCUGAGGAGGAUGUAGUUUCCUGGACAGCUAUGAUUGCAGGGUACACACAGCAUGAUAUGUUUGAUGAGGCUCUUAAACUUUUUGGAGACAUGCUGAACCAAGGGAUUCAAUCUGAUAACAUAGGACUUUCGAGUGCAAUCAGUGCAUGUGCUGGUAUUCAAGCACUCAGUCAAGGACGGCAAAUUCAUGCCCAAUCUUUUCUUUCCGGUUUCUCAGAUGAUGUUUCAAUUGGCAAUGCGCUUGUUAGUCUUUAUGCUAGAUGUGGGCAGAGGCAUGAUGCAUAUACAGCAUUCAAAAAAAUUGAUAAAAAAGAUAAUAUAUCAUGGAAUGCAUUGAUAUCCGGACUCGCACAGAGUGGGUUCUGCGAGGAAGCAUUGCAGGUUUUUUCUCAAAUGAAUGCAGCAGGAGUGGGAACUAAUUUAUAUACUUUUAUCUCCUCAGUUAGUGCUGCCGCUAAUACUGCUAAUUUAAAACAAGGAAAGCAGAUCCAUGCCAGGAUAAUAAAAAAGGGGUAUGACUUAGAAACUGAGGUGUCUAAUGCUUUGAUCACAUUGUAUGCAAAGUGUGGGAGCAUUGAUGAUGCAGAAAAGGAAUUCUCAGAAAUGCCUGAGAAAAAUGAGAUUUCUUGGAAUGCCAUUAUCACAGGCUAUUCUCAACACGGAUCUGGUAUCAAGGCAAUAAAUCUCUUUGAGAAGAUGCAACAGGUUGGUGUAAGGCCAAAUCAUAUAACUUUUGUGGGAGUUUUGUCAGCUUGUAGUCAUGUGGGUUUGGUGGACGAGGGCCUUGGCUACUUUGACUCCAUGAGCAAAGAACAUGACUUAGUGCCUAAACCUGAACAUUAUAAUUGUGUUGUCGAUCUUCUCAGCCGAGCUGGUCUUUUGUGUCGUGCAAGAAAAUUUAUAGAGGAUAUGCCUAUUGAACCAGAUGCCAUCAUUUGGAGGACCCUCUUAAGUGCUUGUGCAGUUCAUAAGAAUGUAGACAUCGGAGAAUUUGCUGCUUAUCACCUUCUUAAACUGGAACCUCAAGACUCAGCAAGUUAUGUCCUUCUCUCUAAUUUAUAUGCAGUGUCUAGGAAAUGGGAUUCCAGGGAUUGUACAAGGCAAAUGAUGAAAGAAAGAGGUGUGAAAAAAGAGCCUGCUCAAAGCUGGAUUGAGGUUAAGAGUUCAAUUCAUGCAUUUUUUGUUGGUGACCGGCUCCAUCCACUGGCUGAGAAGAUAUAUGAGCACUUAGAAGAUCUGAAUCAACAAGCAGCUAAAAUUGGUUAUGUACAAGACCGUUAUAGCCUUUUCAGUGAUGUGGAACAAGGAGAAAAGGACCCGACUGUUUAUAUUCACAGUGAGAAGCUGGCUAUUGCAUUUGGGCUGCUUAGUUUGCCCAGUGCAAUUCCAGUUCGUGUGAUUAAGAAUCUUCGUGUGUGUAAAGAUUGCCAUAAUUGGAUCAAGUUUGUGUCGAAGGUAUCUAAUCGGCCAAUUAUAGUCCGAGAUGCAUACCGGUUUCAUCAUUUUGAAGGUGGCUCUUGUUCAUGCAAAGAUUACUGGUAAUUGGUAAAUAGUAGAUGAUGUACUAAAGCGGCUUUGAAAAUGCGCCUUGAUUUUAUCCCAGUGGGUGAUUUCAUACUUCAUUUAGCGAACAAUUGAUUAUGAGAUAACCAGUAAAUUGGUGCUUAUUCUGAGCCUCCUUCUGAAAGGCUUGUGAAUAAUAUUUCAGUUUCUAAUGAUCGCCAUUCACUUCAUUUUUGUAUCUUCAUUUUGCUUUGCACGAUGAAGCAUCAACAGCACAUUUGAUGUGCUUAUUCGAUUGAUCCUCGCUUCCCUUUUCUGCUUGUGGGUUGAAAUUAGAAAAAGUUCAAUGUGCAACAAGUUUGUCCUGUAGAUCAGUUUAUCUCACUUUUUGCUGUCUGUCUGCAAUACCAGAAGCUAUCUGCUCUGAUGUUAGACAAUAAGUUUGGAAACUAUCACAGUAAUGGGACAGUGCAUUUUGCCAUAAAAUUAGAAUCUGCUUUUCUCACUUCGAAGGCUUGACUUUGCUACAUACAGAUCUAAAUAUUGUUGGCAUCCAUCCAUUUUCAAGUCCCCAACAUAUAAGUUCCAUCCUUCCCAAACUCACUAUUCCACCAUUCUUGUGGCAGAAACAAGCAUGGAAGUGUCGUCAUCUUCACUUCCUCGUAAGGACUGAGUAGCAAUAGUAACUGGUGGCUCUUUUGGAACCACUUUCAUUCUCUCAGUGCAAGAGUUGCAAUCAGUUAUGCUUCAAAUUCUAAACAAGCUGAUCUUUUGACAUCUGAGUUAAAUGGCAUCAUAUGUCUCUGAUCAUCCCUGAGCAGUUGCUAUCAAAGUUGAUGUUUCAGAUCCUGAACAAAUCAAGCUACUCUUUGAUAGAACUGAGCAAGAAUCUGCCUCCAAAAGAUACCUCUUUGUCAACUCUGCAGGGAUAAGGGAUCAAAAGUACCCAACCUUGGAAAUACCGCAGUGGAGGCUUGGGAUAUGACAUUCAACAUAAGCACUACAGGAUCAUUCCUUUGUAGUCACAAGGCAGCAAAUCAUUUGACACGCUAUGGCUGAGGAAGUCAUAAUGAUCUUGACAUCUCUGGUGGGAUCUCUCUUACCUGGAUACCAUCUUAUGUUGCUUCCAAGCCAGCUGUUGAGGCAAUGACAAAGAUUUUAGCCAAGGAACUUAAAGGCAUGAAGAUAACUGCAAAUUGUGUUGCACCAUGGCCAGUAGCCACAGAGUUGUUCUUUGCUGGUAAAACUGAAGAAACUAUCCAGAAAUUUGUGGAUGUUGUCCCCUUUGGUUGGUGAGCUGAGGAUACAGCAGGAAUUGUAGGCUUUUUAGCUGGAGAUGCUGGAGAGUGGACCAAAGGGUGUGUCAUGAGAGUCGAUGGAGGAGUUGUUUGAACACUUAACAGCAUCAUGCUGCGAUGUAUCUUUCUUUAGUUUUUUCUCUUUGAAUUUGAUGAUAUGGUUAAACUGGAAUUUGUAAAUCUGUUCAUAAAAAUGUAUCCAAAAAAAUUUCUGAUAAUAAAUUGGUUAAAUGGUGCA